CACAUCCAUCACACUCAUACAGAUCUUUCUUGGAGGUGGACACAUCAAGAGCUCAGUAGGAAAAAAGGUGGGAUUUGUGUGUAAAGACUUUACACUUGCAUCGUAUUAAAUCAUCAGAAAAUAACUAUGUGGGUCCUUGGGAAGAUAAGGGAGAGCAUGGAGAGCAUUCCUCUAGAGCUGAGUCGUUACAUGGGGAAGAGUGAGGAGGAUAUCUUUCUCUCUUCUAAGCCCAGUCUCUCUGACAAUCUGCACAACAACAUCCUCACCCCAGACAAGAUCCCAGAGUUCUGCCUGCCCCCGCGGCUUUGCAAGAGAAGCCCACUGCUGGAAGCUGAAAAAAUGGCACCUUACCUGCACGGUAAGAACCAGAUAAAGAGCAGCACUCCUUCAAACACUACACAUGUAAAGGCCAAGGAUGUGAAGUCGAAGAAUGGCAAUGAAUCACUGCCUUGUAAGGCUACAAAGAAACCGUUGCCAUUCUCUGCAGAGGGAUAUGGCCUGGUUGGGAUAUAUGAGAGCCCCAACACUCGAAGGAAAGAGUCUUUGUUCCACUCAAAGCGCCCUGUUUACAUGUUUGAUAGAAGCAUUGCUACUCCAGCACCCAGGCUGGGAAAGGAGAUAAAAGUGCCCAAGAAAACUUUAUCUGGGUUUCUCCCUCCGUUUUUAUGCAAGAGCAUGUCAGAGACAGGAAGCACAGAAAGUGAAACACCUUCUUCCAGUGACUCCUCUCCCCUCACUUCCCCUUACAGUGCUAAAUCCUCCCUCUACAUCCCAUCAAGCAGUGGCCGUCUUAAAGGAGCAACAUCCUGUCCUUCGCUAAUUGGUAGCAGGGAGGACAAAGGGAGGUGGAAGAGGGGGGGGUUAAAUUUAACAACCUCUCCCAGUAGCCCUCCAAGCUUAGAGGGAAGUUCACUUACCCUAGCCCCACCUGUCCUCUUCCCACUGGAUGUUCUGCAGUGCCAAAAGAGACUUCAGCGUGAGCAUGUCCUCCCUUUGCAGGGCCGUGGUAAAGUGCGCCUCUUCGCUGAGCACACCACAUUCUCCACCAACACAUUCUCAUCCCUUUCCACAGUCAGAGUCCGUGUGGUGUCUGUGGAAGACCUAUGGGAUGAUACUGACCGACGAACCCUGAACAGUGCAGUGAGUCUGUGUCUGACACCGGGGAAGCUGCAGCAACAGGAGAGCGCCACCAUCAGGAACUGCUACAGCCCUGUGUUUAAUGAAGAUUUCUUCUUCACAGAACUCAGUAGAGAGGAUCUGCUGGAACUGCAGCUCAGGUUAAAAGUGGUGGGUAAACCUGCUGCUGGAACACUGAGGAGAGGAACAGUGAUUGGAGCGAUCAGCAAACCACUGUCUCAGUUACUCUUUCUUAAAAAUGGGUAGAAAAAUACCUCAAAGCAAUAAAACGAUGAAAUGGCAUUACAUUAAUUUCUUUCACAGUGCAUAAUUCAAAUUAAUUGUAUGUAACAUUCACAGAAUUUACAGUCACCCGCUAAAUUAAAAUUAUAACAAUGUCUCCUGCUGGUUGGAUUAAAUUUUUACAAUUUCUUUUGAUUUUGACUAACAAUUUCUAAUGAUAUUUUGGAGGUAUUUUGGAACAUAACUAAUCUAAAUUAAGACCCAAUUUUAUGUAUAUGCAUGUAUAUAUAUAUAUAUAAAAUUAUUGAUCUACAACCUGCUAGUACUUAAAGCUGCUCAAUAUUCUUAUAUAUAAUGAAUACAUUCACUGUAACAACUUAUAUAUUAAUAAUGUGAUAAUAUCAGCUUCUCCUGCUGAACCCAAGUGGCAAAAAACCCCAAAACAAACAAAGAAACUAAUCAAUGAAUCAAUGAAUGCAGGUUUAUGAUAAUCAAAGAUGGUCUCAUUUUUGGGAAUCUAAUGUUUUCUUUAGUGUACUCUGUAAUUCUGUUUUGAUAUUAAAAAUAAAAGUGUAUGAUGAAGUCAUGCUGUCUUUGGUACCUUGUAAUGCUUUUAUAAUACUUAUUUUAAACUGGCUUGCUUGUUAGAAAUGUUAAAUCAAAUGUAAAGAAUUGUAGAAAUAUAUUUGAUCUCUACUGUAUGUGAAAUGACUGGUUCUGUCCUGUUUAGGAACAUUGCAAAAAUCAGAGCCUUACUUCAAACUUAGUUAUCUAUACUUUUAAUAUGUCAUGUCUCGACUACUAUAAUGCCAACUCUGCUCUUGUCUUAGCUGGCCCAGAACUCUGCUGUUGUGCCCUGCCUUAUGCAAUAUACUGUUUUUCUUUUCUCCCUUCUGUAAAGCACC